ACCUCUGAGUCUAAUUGGACUAAAACUGUGAUCUAAUUAAAUGUCCAAUUAAAGUGCAGAGAGCAAUGUGCCCAUCGGCGAAUCAGAGUACAGGGACAUAAUCAGCUGGAAAAACAAACAAAAAAAUCAAUGGGAGCAACGCGAAAUGGAAAAAGAUGGAGAAAACAGAAAAAGGCACUGAGGAAACCCUUCUCUUGUUUCUCCCCACUGAUAAUCUGACAGGGAGAGAGAGGCCAAUCUUCUUCUGACUCCAUCUGUGAGUUGCACACACACUGGGAACCCCCCAUGGACAGCUUUAGCCCAUCAAAUAUUAAUGCUGGGAUUCAAUUCAACAUUCCACCUUAAUCUUCUUAACAAUUAGGCUGUAACAGCUCACACAAUUAUGUUUGGUUACACAUGGCCUCGAUGGUCUUGACUCUUGAGAGAGAAUUAAAAAAACAGGGGAGACACCAAAGAAACCAACGGAUACACCGAGGAACGACAGAGAAUAAAACUCUUCUGGGAUCUGUUCUGGGAGUGAUGGAUUCUUACCAUCACGGCGUUGAAGGGCACACUCCGGCAGAUGUUUCCCAGUUCAGUGCAUUGUUGGUGGGUGUGAGUGCACGUCCAGGUCCCCUACCUGCCCUGAUCCUGGCUCCUGCUGUGGGCAGAAGAAGAGGAUCACUCACGUACUGAGAGCAGCCCACCUGUUCCCACUGGAGACUGCCAGCAUAACACCGAGACUGUACUGGUCACUGGCGGAUUCUGGUGAGAAACAUCAUGCUUUUAUGAAAAACGGGAAAGUUUUCUUCCGAGGCGUCCCGUUCAAUCUCCGCCGACUGGGUCCAUAAACACUACAACUCCCAUCGCCGCCGCACACACACAACCCGCCAUGAUUAGAGUUUUCCUCCUCGCCAAACUGCAUCGUCAGCCCGGCUUUGUACACUGCAUUACCCAUGAUGCCACAAGAAUACCCGGAAGCGUCGCUCCUGCUUCCGUGGUCACCGUGAAUUGUGUUCGCCGUCGGUUUCCUGCUGCGGUGAGGACAGCGGCGUCGAGGAGACAGAACAGGGACACCUCCAGAGCAGCUCCUCCAGGACAACCUCCACUGAACGAUGAAACUGUUCGCCCCAUCUCCAUCUCUGGACACCCGCUGCGUCACGGUCAUCCUGCUGGUGAUGGGCCUCUCUACCCCUGGUGCAGCAGAAAUCACCAGUCUGGACUCGGGCAACAUUGAUGAUGUCUUAAAUAAUGCUGCGGUGGCAUUAGUGAAUUUUUAUGCAGACUGGUGCAGAUUCAGUCAGAUGCUCCACCCAAUUUUUGAGGAGGCAUCGAACACGGUGCGGGAGGAGUUCCCUGAGGCCACGCAGGUGGUGUUUGCUCGCGUCGACUGUGACCAACACUCGGAUAUUGCACAGCGGUAUCGCAUCUCCAAGUACCCGACGUUGAAGUUGUUCCGCAAUGGGAUGAUGAUGAAGAGGGAGUACAGGGGUCAGAGGUCAGUGUCGGCCAUAGCUGACUUCAUACGCCAGCAGCAGGUCGACCCCGUGAAAGAACUGCACUCAUUGGACGAGGUUAACACUCUGGACAGGUCAAAGAGAAACAUCAUUGGUUACUUUGAGAAAAAGGACUCGGAAAGCUACCACGCAUAUGAAAAAGUUUCCAACAUCCUUCGAGAUGACUGCACGUUCAUGGCUGCCUUUGACUCUGUCUCUGAGUCCGAGCGCUUCAGUGGAGACAACGUCAUCUACAAACCCGUGGGCGAGAACGUCCCUGACAUGAUCUACCUCGGCUCACUCGCCAACUUUGACCUGACCUACGCCUGGGCCCAAGACAAGUGUGUGCCCCUGGUUAGAGAGAUCACCUUCGAAAAUGGAGAGGAGCUGACUGAGGAAGGGAUCCCUUUCCUCAUCUUGUUCCACAUUAGAGAAGACGGAGAGAGCUUAGAGAAAUUCCAACACGAAGUAGCUCGCCAGCUCAUCAGCGAGAAAGGGUCUAUAAACUUCCUUCAUGCAGACUGUGAAAAGUUCCGCCAUCCUCUGCUCCAUAUCCAGAAAACUCCAGCCGACUGUCCCGUCAUCGCUAUAGACUCGUUCAGACACAUGUAUGUCUUUCCCGACUACAAAGACCUCGCCAUCCCUGGCAAGUUGAAACAGUUUGUGUUAGACCUUCACUCCGGAAAGCUUCACCGAGAGUUCCACCACGGUCCUGACCCCACAGACAGCACACCUGGACAGGAGGAAACGGGAGAAGAAGUGGCCAGCAGCCCCCCAGAGAGCUCAUUCCAAAAGCUAGCGCCCAGCGAGACUCGAUACACCAUCCUCAAUCGGGACCGUGACGAGCUGUGACCUGUAGGGUCUUACAGUGAUCCUGUGACUCAAUGCCACGCCCCGGGGUCUGGGGGGGGGGGUUCGGGUUGGGACAGGCCAGCGGGACAGAACAGCAACACCCAACACCCUUACUGAAGAGUGAGAGAUGAAGAAGAAGAGGAGGAGGUUGAAGAGGGAGACGGCGAGGAGCACAGUCCAUGACACAACCAUGUUGGAAUAACCUAUAUUUUCAUAACUCUUUCACAUACAAUUUUUAUUUUGGAUUAAAAGGAAGCGGGGGGGUAAAGAAGAAGAAGUGUGUGUGGGCAGGGGGUCAGGAGCAUUAGGACAUCAAGAGAAGUCUUUUUACUUUUAUUUUUUUGGAGCUUGUAAAUAUGUUUGUGCUACAUGGGAGUCUCAUUGUCGGUCUAAAUUAAAUGCAGAGUUUUCUUUAUUUUAUUUUAAUUUUCAUCACCCUGCUUUUUGUCAGAAACGGAUCAGUUCCCUCACUCCAGUUGUACGGUUCUUAUCUGUGGGUAGUCCAGUCCAGCUUGUCUGAUAGGAGACGCUUAGUGAGUCUCACUGACCUCAUGGCUGCGUCUCAACAUGACCAACUCUUGUCGGAUUUAUUUGUAUAGCACAAGUUCUAACUAUAUGCCUGUUUUUGAAGUAGCUGUAUCUCCAUAUCUUCUCCACACAACCGCGGAGCUCUGAAGGAAUAGAAAACAUAUUUUGAAAAAUUAGGGUUAAAGCAAUUUCAAAUCCUGACUUGAAACAGAAGAUAAAGAGACAGAGCUACUCCAGCCUGUUGAGAUGCACCCCUGCUCUCCCUGGUACUAAUGGUAAUAGAUAAUGAUGUCUAUUACAGUGCCUGUAGAAAAUAUGCUCCCCUCUGACCUUUUUUUAUUUUUUGUCACCAAUCAACAGAAAAAAAGCUAAAAAACCACUGUUCUCACACUGCACAUGACCAAAAAGACACCAUCCCCACCAUGAAGCCUGCUGGUGGCAGCAUCAUGCUGUAAGGAGGCGUCUCUGCAGCCGGCCCUGGAUGGCUGGUGUUGGUAGAAAGCCUCAAAUUGAAGCAACUAACAGAAACAAUAAUGGAAAACCUUUGAUUACGUUAAUUUAUUUAUCUCAAUCAUGAAUUAACAGAAAUGACGACAAGGAUAAAUCUGUUUCCAGACUUUAAAGUCCAGUUCAGAAUUUGCCUGCAUGGAUGAUUAAAUGUUCACGUUCUAAUUUCACUGAGCAAAGGAAGGUGGAGGAGAUGUUGUUUUACACAUUUAUCCACAUAACCUCGUGGCUAAAAUUUAUGCCAAAUGUGCCUGUUUAAAGAAUUGUCUCUAAGGAUAUGAAUCCAAUCAGACAUGUUGUCAGUCGUCAGUCUCUAUACUCUGACACUGAUUUGUAGAAAUACCAUUUGAAUUUGAAAUUAUCUUCUUCUGUGUCUAAGCUUUGAAACAGUAAAAUAUGAACAGGUCAAAGGGGAACGGGUCAUUUUCAUAGGCACCAUGUUUGUCAUGACACCUCUGAGUUGUGUUCCUGGGAAUCAAAGUAGAGGAAGAACAUGUUUUUGAACUGUACUUUAACAUGAUAGUACAUUUAUGAAAUGGCUGUUUGUUUUUUUGCUGUUACCUGUUGUCAAAUGUGUCCUGCUGGGGGGGGAAAGACUGCGUCCCUCCUAGUGUUUUUAAUAAGUCGAGAGACAAC